AUGGCCAAAGGAACGCCUGUAAAGAAGAAUAAUGGGUCGAAGCGUGGGACACCUGUGUCUACGCCCCCAGUGAAGACAAAAAAGGCUCCAAGCAAAAACGCGACACCUGUCUCCACUCCAGCAUCAACACCAUCCAAGAAGAAGAAGAAGGCCGUGAAACAAACUGAGAAACAGGGUGAGAAGCUAGUGAUGAAGUCUAAGGCUGCUCCAGUCGCCAAAGAACCUGAAACUGUAAUUCCAAAGGACAGAAUCGUACGCGCCGUGCAAGAGCUCUCAAAGUUCACUGAUAGUGAGAAGGAGAAGAAUGGCGGCUCGAAUCAACUUCUAGAGGAUGAAGAUGAGUUAGACAAACAGGUAGAGCUAAUUGCUGUCAACACCACCUCGUUUUCCAGCAACAAGAAAGCUUUCAAACCUAAGCAAUUUAAGAUCGAGCAUUCCCUAUUCAAACCUUGGAAACAAGCCAGCGAGACUUCCGUGAAAGAUUUCAAGCUUCUACUAAUAUUGAAGGAUCAAGACGCGGCCAAAUGUACAGAAGACCAGCUUUACGAUCAAUUGCACGAAUCUGGAAUCACGGUUGACGCUGUGAUUACCGGCAACGAUCUAAAAACUAAGUAUAAGGCUUUUGAGAAAAGAAGAGCCUUUGUUCAAGAUUUUUCCCUCAUCCUAGCAGACGACUCCGUCGUGACAGCUUUACCAAAGAUUCUAGGUGGUAAGGCUUACGAAAAAGUCUCAACAACACCAGUUCCUAUCAAAACCAACAAGAACGGAGCAUUUUCUUUGACAACUCUGGUCAACAGUAUCAAAAAGGUUUACCUCAACGCUCUGCCUGUUAAGAUGCCUCGUGGUACCACUCUAAAUGCUCACUUAGGUAACCUUGAAUGGUUUUCCGUUGAGGAACUAGCGACAAACGUGCUAAUGGUUGUAGAGCAACUAGUUAAAGACUCUCAAGUCAGAUCUAUUUUCUUGAAGGUCAACAAGUCCCCUGUGCUUCCAUUGUACUACAACCAAAAUGUAUUGGAUGAGUUGGUCAAACAAAAGGAAGACAAAUCUAAGGGUUCUUCUUUACAAAAAGUCACCAUUGAUGGCACCGAGCUCGAAAUAUCCCAUUUCGACGCUGGGUUGUUAGAAAUUGCAAACCCUGAUGAAUUAAACAAGGUAUUUGCAUCUCGCAUCAACAAGGCAAAGAAGAGAACUGCCGAGGAAACAGAACCAGUUGUUCCUGCCAAGAAGGCCAAAGCAUAA